AUGGCAACCACUGAUCAUACCAAUGAGCUGAAGAACUUCGUGGAGGUGUUGAAGGGCAAGAUACAGCGGAGUCGACGAACUCGAGGGUCCUUUGUACUCGACGAGUGCUACUUACAGCGCGACAAUAUUCUCGAGUCCGAAAGUCUCUUGGCUGUCAGAAUCAAGUAA